CCCGUUAGGAGUGUCUGAAUCGAUAGGCAGGGUCUCGGUGUUGAAGCGUUUGCAAGUCGGUUUGUUUGGGAAUAUUAGGCGGGGAUGCGUGUUGAUUACUGGUAGGGGACGUUUGUUUGGCGUUGUACCCGUUGCAACGUCAAAAUAUGUAGAUGGAGUUCUAAAUUGUCGGUGUAAUAGCCGUUAAGUCGGCGACUUGUUAUGGCCGUUUAAGUUCGUAGUUUGCUUUGUAUAACAUCUGCCGCGUAUAUAAUCGUUCAUCAAUUAGUUAAACAUGGAGGAAGACAGGCCACCCGCAAACAGCAUCGAUAUGCGUCGCGUUCUGAUACAGGCAUUGGGCGGAAUUUCACAAGAAAAGAAGAAAGGCAAACAAGUGAAAAAGCAAGCAAAGCAGCUGAACACUCCUGUAGGAGAACAAAAUCAACGCCGAGAGACUAACACAACCCAAGCAGGACCACACGAAGAAGAACUCGUUGGUGAAGAAUAUGAACAAGAUGGGCCAGUUGAACACGAAAAGCUUGUUGAGCCGACUGAAAAAGACAAGCAGCAUCAACAGGUCAAGUCAAUAGAAAAAGAGAAGGUAGCUGAGCAGGAUAACCAGAAUGAAGAGCAAGAGAAUAUGGAAUUUGAGCAGGAAAUGGCAUUUGAACAUGAAAUGGCAUUUGAACCUGACAUUGCAUUUGAGCAUGACAUUGCAUUUGAACACGACAUUGCAUUUGAACAUGAUAUUGCAUUUGAACAUGACAUUGCAGUUGAACCUGACAUUGCAGUUGAACGUGACACUGCAGUUGCGCAGGAAAUUGCAGCUGAAAAGCAAACUCAAGUUCAAAAGAAAAUCGAAGUUGAAAAGGAAAUUGAAGCUAAACAGAAAAUUGCAGUUGAUCAUGAAAUUGCAGUUGAACAGGAAGUUGAAGUUGAACAGGAAGUUGAAGUUGAACAGGACUUUAUAGUUGAACAGGAGGUUGAAGUUGAACGGGAAGUUGAAAUGGAACAGGAUGUUGUAAUUGAACAGGAUGUUGAAGUCGGACAAGAAGUUGAAGUUGGACAGGAAGUUGAAGUUGGGCAGGAAUUUGGAGUUGGACAGGAAUUUGGAGUUGGAGAGGAAUUUGGAGUUGGAGAGGAAUUGGGAGUUGGAGAGGAAUUGGGAGUUGGAGAUGAUUUGGGAGUUGGAGAUGAUUUGGGAGUUGGAGAGGAAUUGGGAGUUGGAGAGGAAUUGGGAGUUGGAGAGGAAUUGGGAGUUGGAGAUGAAUUGGGAGUUGGAGAGGAAUUGGGAGUUGGAGAGGAAUUUGGAGUUGGAGAAGAAUUUGGAGUUGGAGAGGAAUUCGGAGUUGGGGAGGAAUUUGGAGUUGGAGAGGAAUUCGGAGUUGGAGAGGGAUUCGGAGUUGGAGAGGAAUUCGGAGUUGGAGAGGAAUUUGGAGAGGAAUUUGAAUUUGGAGUUGGAAAGGAAUUAGGAGAGGAAUUUGGGGUUGGAGAGGUAUUUGGAAUUGGACAGGAGUUUGGAGUUGGACAAGAAGAUGGAGUUGAAAAGGAAGUAGGAGUUGAACAGGAAGUAGGAGUUGAACAGCAAGUUGGAGUUGAACGGCAAGUUGGAGUCGAACAGGAAGUUGGAGUCGAGCGGGAAGUCGGAGUCGAGCAGGAAGUUGGAGUCGAGCAGGAAGUUGCAGUCGAACAGGAAGUUGCAGUCGAACGGGAAGUUGCAGCCGAACAGGAAGUUGCAGUCGAACGGGAAGUUACAGUUGAACAACAAAAACAAGUUGAACAGCAAAAACAAGUUGAACAGAACAGCAUACCACUACCUUUCGAAUGUAUGCAUGGAUCAGAUGGGAACUGUGUGAAGUGCAGAGCUCUAGCUGCAUUUUUGAAGCAUCCAAUUGAUCCAAAACGUGACAGAAUUGUUUUUGUAGUACCUAGGGAGCUUAAUCCAGUUGUUGGUAGAGCAACAGUAUGUCACAGGGCAAUUUUCCGCAAUUCAAGUUCGCCUGGUUUCUAUUUGCAGUUACCAACUGAUAUUUAUAAAGUUUUGCCUGCGUCAGAAGUAAAACGUGGAGAUGAUAGGGAACCACAUUUUUAUGUGAGACUGGGAGCUUGUUACUUCAAGGCGGUACCUGAAGAUGAUACAGAGGCAUCAGAGGAGAAAUCAACUAAAGAAGGCCCACGGCAGCAGCAGUCCAAUAAACGAGCUCUCCCAGAUGAUUUUUCUGACAAUACUGCAACAAAUAACCAAAGUGGUACUGGUAGUAAAAGGCAUUGUCGAGGACAUGAUGUUCCAAGAUCUGCUUCUGCUGCCAAUGUACAAGAGCAUACCAACAGACUUGAAUAUGCACGCAUCAGAAGCCCACUCUAUGUCAACGUAAGAGGAAGACGUUUCAGAAUUGUGGAUGUUAUGGGCUAUGGACCAUCAAGUGUUAUGUGCCGGACUAUAGAAAUGCAAGAACGGAAAAUGUAUGCACUAAAAUGUGUGUUGAUAUCAAACGAUGUUGAAAUAGCUUUAAACCAGCAGAAUGAAAUUGAUAUCUUGAAGCACUUGAAGACAUGUCCAAGAGCAGUUACCAUGUUUCAGUACAAGGAAUACCAGGCUGUACGGUCACUGUUCAUUCAGCUGGAAAUGGGAGAUGUGGACUUAGCACAACUAAUUGAAAGCGUCGAUGAUUUAAACAUGCAUGAUAUUUUGUAUUUUUGGAAUGAAAUGUUAACAACAGUCAAUGAAGUGCAUAAAUGCGGUGUUAUUCAUGGUGACUUAAAACCAUCAAAUUUUGUGUUCUUCCGUGGUGUAUUAAAGCUGACAGACUUUGUAUCAUCUUACAAAACUGUACUUCCAUGUGACAAAAUUCGGAGGACAAAGUAUCAUGGAGCAGUGAAUUACAUGAGCCCCGAAACAGCCCAAAAUAACAUAUCUAGUUUCAAGAGUGAUGUCUGGAGUUUAGGGUGCAUAUUGUAUCACCUUCUGUACAAAGUUACACCAUUUGAACAUAUUAAAGAUCUUGAUCAGAAGAUAUCGGCUAUUAGUGACGCAGAUAUACCAAUAGAGUAUCCGUACAGGGCUGAUUGCCCUAGGGGUUUGACUGAGGUUUUACGCCAGUGUUUGAUACGGGCUGAAGAUGCAAGACCAUCUGUGGAAGAAAUUAUCAAUUAUCCAUGGCAGUGAAGGUAUCCUGGAGAGAAGAUUAAAGCAGCUUGCCUGCCCAUUUAAUGGACUGAGAUGUGUUAAUGGCAGCCUAAUACCUUUCAAAAAUCUAAAAAAACACAAAACCGAGAAAGAGAGAUGUAUAACUAUAAUUCAGUUAACAUUAUUAUGAAAAGGAGAGAUUGCUACUCACUGUAUAGAGGAGAUGAGGAGUCACACACUAUUCUUUUCAUAAUAUUGUUGUUUUUAUUAUUGUCCCCAGUAGAUUCAUUGUGAAAUAGGUAAUAAAUGCAGAUAUUCAGUCCUGGUGAUAUAGUUUGUUAUAAGCAGAAGCUACAAAGGAACUUAACUAAAAUUACAGGACGUAAAUAGCUCAUCAGUGUUAAACAAACGACUGUAAAUUAAUGUAAUUCUCAUCAUUAUGAUUGCAUUUAUUUCUGUAAUGUAUUUGACAUGAAUAGGAAUGAAGACUAUCAAAUAUGAGUAAAUAUCACUAAAAUGUGGAAAAUACUAUCCCAUGAAAUGAGUGCAGUGGAGAAGUAUGUUUGUAUGUGUAAGGGAGAGGUUGAAACGAAAGGUUAUACAAAUUUAUAUUGAUGAACAAUCAUCUAGUGAAAAUUGUGGUGUUUUUGAGUGAUACUUUUGAUGUAUGCACAAAAUUUUAGCUCUCAUGCAUCCUCAUCUUCAUCACAACUAUAUCAUUCUUUAGUGUUCCAGUCAUCUUAUAAGUGUGUGUUUGUUCAUUAAGAUACAUUUUGACUAGUGAUAAUGCCACAUGCAUGUGUAUGUGAUGUUUUAAAACCACAUGCUAUUGGAACACCAAGUUCUACACUCUCAUAAACAUAGCUUAUGUGAGACUAUUAACCACUUCCAACUAUUUUUUCUGAUCAUUUGUCUUGUUAUAAAACUAAAAGUUUAAACACUGUUGUGUGUUGUUUUUAUAUCUUUCAACAAAGGCAACAGAAUAUUAGCUCUGCUAAAACACUGUCAUUUUAUUUAGAAAUGAAUACUGUGAAACUACACAUAAACUCUAGACAGUGAUUAAAAAUAAUCCCAGGAAACAUAUGGUGGUAUCUUAUUGUUUUAAUAUUGACUAAGCAUCUUGUACUAAAUGUGUGUGUGUGUGUGUGUGUGUGUGUG